GGUGCCCUUUUCUUUGCAUUAGAGGUGUUCCCAUUUUAUGCCAAUGAAUGCUUGUUAAUGAUCAGCCAUUAUCUGUGCAUGUUUGGAGGCCAUUUACAUCUAAAGGCUGAUUGCCUCACUUACUGAUCACCUGACUGGCUGCUUUUUAAGUUGUGUAACUAAUCUUCACUCAAUGUCUUUAACAGAUUAAAUGCCUGAGAGGGUCCGUAAUCUUCAUGUAGUGUGUAUUCUGGUCAUAUGAGAAUGCUCUGAGUAGCCUAGGGGCGCCAUGGCUUGGAGAAAUCCCAACAUGAGGAGGAGGAAGAUGUGAGGUGGCGUUGGAGGGAUGCCUGUCGACUCUCGUCGCUGAACUGCAACUUUAACGGCUUCUUGUGUGCUGACCUGGAAUCCUCAUCAUGUCCUCCAAGUCGUCCCUGCUGAAGGUGAUCCUGCUGGGCGAUGGCGGUGUGGGCAAGUCGUCACUCAUGAACCGCUACGUCUCCAACAAGUUCGACACACACCUCUUCCACACCAUUGGUGUUGAGUUUCUAAACAAGGAGCUCGAGGUGGACGGACGGCUGGUCACUUUACAGAUCUGGGACACUGCUGGCCAGGAGCGUUUUCGCAGCCUGCGUACGCCGUUUUAUCGUGGGUCCGAUUGCUGUUUGUUAACAUUUAGCGUGGACGAUAGCCAGAGCUUCCUCAACCUCAACCACUGGAGAAAAGAGUUUGCGUAUUAUGCCGAUGUUAAGGAACCUGAGAGCUUUCCCUUCGUCAUUCUUGGGAAUAAAGUCGAUGUGACCGAGCGGCAGGUGACGACAGAGGAAGCACAAAGGUGGUGCCAUGAAAAUGGAGGGCACCCCUACUUUGAGACCAGUGCGAAAGAUGCCACAAACGUUGCAGAGGCUUUCGAGGAGGUGGUGAGGAGCGUACUAGCAUCUGAGGAUCGGCCUGAGCAUAUGCUGCCAUCAGACACUGUGGAUUUGCGUCGGAAACCACGGUCCAGAACUCGCUGCUGUUGAUUUUUUAUAAUGGCAGUGGACAUACACUCACUGGCUACUUUAUUAGGAACUACUUUGUAUCUGCUCUCAUUGUCCAUUUUAUGUACAGUUACAGAUUGUAGUACAUCGGUUUCUCCGCAUUCUUUAUUAGCCCCCAUUUACCCCAUUCAUGGGUCAGGACUGUCACAGGGCCACCACAGAGCUGGUAUUAUUUGGGUGGUAGAUCACUUUCAGCACUGCAAUGACACUUAAAUUUUACUCACUUUUUUAAAUAAAAGAGAUUAAUAUAUGUGCCUGCAUAGCACUGCUAUGUCUGAUCCACUCAUACCAGUGCAACACACAUUAACACAACACCACCAUGCCAGUGUCACUGCAGUGCUGAGAAUGAUCCACCAUCCAAAUAGCACAUGCUCUGUGGAGGUCCUGUAGGGAUCCUGAUCAUUGAAGAACAGUGUACAAGGGGGCUAACAAAGUAUGUAGAGCAACAGAUAAACUACAGUCUGCUGUAAUUGUAGAAGUACUGUUACCUGAUUGGUAAGAAUAGCUGAUAAAAUAGACAAUGAGUUUAGAUAAAAAGAGGUGUACCUAAAGGAGUGGCCAGUCAGUGCAUGUGCACAUCGUAAAGCUGCUUAAUGAAGCUUUUGUGCAGCAGGUGGAGCUAGUGAGCAAACAACUUUAGUUCAGAAUUUCAACAAGUUUUCAAAAACUCAUCUGGAGCAAAGACAAGUGCUUAUUAUGAGUGAAGUUUAUAUUGACAACAGUACAGUUGUCUGUGUUCUCCUAGUAUUUUAUUAUGUACAAGCAAAUGACUUAACUUUUAAUUGAAAAUGUAAUAAAUUGCAAUGAAAUUAUCACCAAAAGUGAAGGGAGUUUAAGUCUGGACUGUCAAGUCUGGAGAUUUCCUGUUGAAACUUAAUCAGUCAAUGAAAUCAUUAAAUAAAUAAAUCAGUGUCUCAUAUCUGUAAUUAUGGUAAAGAGUAACUGUUCAAAGAAAUCCAAGAUUUUGAGCCAAUUUUGUAUUUUCUUGAACAUUUUUUCCUGUGAUUGUUUUGUAUUUAGUUGGGAUGCACCGAUAUGGGAAUUGUGUGCUGAUGCAGAUAUAUAUAUAUAUUUUUUUCAGAUAUUUUUUUUUUUUUCAUGUACAUAUCUGCUGAUGCAGAUUCCUAAACAUCUUUAAAAUGGAGAAAUUUGGGCUUCAUGUACCUGAAUUAGCAUUACAGAGAAAUAUAUCAUUAAUGUGUGUGUGUGUGUGUGUGUGUAUAUAUAUAUAUAUAUCUGUACAGUUAUAUUAUAUGCAAAACCUUUAACAUUCCUGGUCAAAUGACAUG